ACACUCGCUUAAUAUCUCUCACUUUUUCAUUUUUUUGCCCAAAUCGUUUUCACAUUCAUAUGAAAUAACCAAACCUUUCUUCUUCUUCAUUUCCCUUCCUCCUCUGUUUCCAACUCCCGGCGAGAAAAAAUGGAACCUUCUCCAAGUCCCAAGCUUUACCCAACCAUCGACACUUCAACCACCACCGCUCCUCUCCCGAUCUCCUCCUCGUCCUCGUCUACCAACAAUCUCUACCCCUCACUCGACGUGAACGAUCUCGUCAACAACAUCUUCCCCGAUCAAACAACGACGACAGCCUCUGCUCCUCCGGUAUCAACGGAGGAAGUGAUUCUCACAAUCCACGGUGCGAUCCUCCACCUCAUCGACAAAUCCUACAGCGUCGAGCUCGCCGUCGGAGAGCUCCAGAUCCUCCGGCUCGUUCAGGGAGACAUCACCGUCGCGGUUUUCGCCCGCGUCGCCGACGAGAUCCAGUGGCCGUUGACCAAAGACGCACCCGCCGUGAAAGUCGACGAGUCUCACUACUUCUUCUCGCUCCGACCCGUUAACGAAUCCGGGUCGGAUCACCCCGCCGACAACAACGACAUAUUAAACUACGGACUCACCAUCGCUUCCAAGGGACAAGAACCGUUGCUGGAGAAGCUAGACGAGAUCUUAGCUGACUACAGCAGCUUCACGGAGGAGAAAGUGGAGACCGCGAUGGAUUUAACGGCGGCGAAGGAGACGUCGCCGUCGGAGUUGACGGGGAAGAGGAAGAAGAUGGUGGAGAAGCAGUGCACGGCGUACUGGACGACGCUGGCUCCCAACGUGGAGGACUACAGUGGAGUGGCGGCGAAGAUGAUCGCUGCUGGCUCGGGACAGCUGAUCAAAGGGAUACUUUGGUGUGGAGAUGUGACGAUGGAUCGUCUCGUGUGGGGUAACGACUUUAUGAAACGGAAGCUGACGAAAGCGGAGAAGGAGAGAGAAGUUAGCCCUGCUACUCUCAGACGUCUCAAAAGAGUGAGAAAGAUGACGAAGAUGACGGAGAAAGUGGCGAAAGGAGUGCUUUCCGGGGCUGUGAAAGUUUCUGGAUUCUUCACUAGCUCAGUGGUGAAUAGCGCAGCUGGGAAGAAACUAUUUGGUCUUCUUCCUGGAGAAAUGGUUCUUGCAACACUUGACGGAUUCAACAAGGUAUGUGAUGCUGUUGAAGUAGCGGGAAAGAACGUUAUGAAAACAACUUCAACUGUUACUACUGAAAUUGUCGAUCACAAGUAUGGAGCAAAGACAGCUGAGGCGACAAACGCUGGGCUUGGAGCAGCUGGGCAUGCUCUUGGAACGGCGUGGACAGUGUUUAAGUUAAGACAAGUUCUCAACCCAAAGAGUGCAGUUAAGCCAUCAUCGCUGGCUUCAACUGUAAUUAAAACGGCAGCUAAAGAAAGGAAGAAGGGGAAAAAGAGUUCCAAGUAGAGGAGUUGUGUUGUUUUGGACAUCAGAGUCUCAUUGCCUUGGUACAGAAGCAAUAACCAGAUUAAAAAGAUUAGGGCUUUUGGUUAUUGUUGAAAGUAAAUGGAUUUAUUUGUACAAACAUGGAGACAAUUUUUUUAUAUUGGGUUUGAUUGGUAACCUUCGAAAUAUCAUUAACUGAGAAUGAUACUGUUUUUUUUUUGUAUGUCUUGAUUUUCUCUUUUGUUUGAGUAGUGAAUGUUCUUUUCGUUA